UUGUAAUUACUUACUCUCUAUAUGUGCGCGUAUUUGUUAUAUUAUCUUCACAUAUUUUUUCUUCUCUCUAAAUUCGUGACUGAAAUUUUGUGCAGUGCAAAUGUGAAUUGGAGAAAUAAAAACCAAAGUUUGUGUGUUUAUCUAUUGGAAAACUUGGUAUUCUGAUUAUUCGAAUCACACCCGACAUAAAAACGACAAACAAAGCAAACAUCAGAGAAUAAUCGUUUGUUAUCUUUCGAGUGUGUGAAAUUGUUUUGCAAUUUGCUGAUUGGAUUUUAAACGUGCGAUGGCCUUUACAAAUUCAGUUGAAAACGCAUUAAUUAUUGAUUGAUUUGACGUCAUCAUUCAUUGUCGCAUAUUUUGAUUCACUUAUAUAAAGUGCGUUUUAGUGCAGUCAAACCAGUUCACAAGUCAAACAGCAAAAACAACGAAAAUCGAAGCAGCAGCAAAAAAAAGUGACUGGCAACAAGAGUAAUUGCCAGUGUUGUCGCGACUUAGGAUUCAAUUACAACAAUCAUCUAUGGAAAUACAUUGGUCGCAACCGAUUUGACGUCCAAAUUUAGAAACGAUGGCGACAGCCACAUCAGAAACAAAACCCACCGAACCAGUAAAUCAAAUACAAAAAACCGCAGAUAACAUUUCGUUAUGUUCGUCAGUGAGUGCGAUAUCUAGUUGUCCGGAUCGUCAUGGAUUCUAUGGUGGUUUUCAAUUUAAUGAUAAACCAAAAGAGGUUUUAUCACCGGCACAAAUUGUCGCACGCGAAAAGAAAUGGUUGCACAUGAUACAAAAUUGGAAAGAUUAUAUGGCGAAAAAUUAUAAAAAAGUUCGAGAACGAUGUCGCAAAGGCAUUCCCCAAUCAGUAAGGCCGCGAGCAUGGUUUUAUCUAUCUGGCGCUUAUUUAUUACACGAAAAAAAUCCCGAUCUAUACGAACAAUUGCUAAAAGAGCCGGGCAAUGAGCACAUCAUGGAUGACAUCAAGAAAGACCAACACAGAACAUUCCCCAACCAUGAAAUGUUUGUCGAUGAAGAAAAACCGGGCCAAAAAGAGCUGUUCAAUGUUCUUAAAGCAUAUUCUGUGCUCAAUCCAAAAGUUGGCUACUGUCAAGCACAAGCACCUAUCGCUGCUUUUCUUCUAAUGCACAUGCCUGCCGAACAGGCGUUCUGGUGUUUUGUCAGCGUUUGUGAUAAGUAUUUAGCUGACUAUUUCACGCCUGGAAUGGAAAUGCUUCGACGAGAUGCGAACAUGUUGCAUGCUUUACUGAAGAAGACGUCACCGGCUGUGCAUCGUCACUUGGAGAAGCACAACGUUGAACCGUUCCUAUAUAUGACCGAUUGGUUUCUUUGCGCCAUGACUCGAACGUUGCCAUGGGAUACAUUGCUACGAAUUUGGGAUUGUUUUUUGUGCGAGGGCAUAAAAGUUGUGUUCAAAGUGGCUCUGGUAAUACUUGGAGCAUGUUUGGGAUCGGCAAAGGUGCGAAAAUCCUGUAAUGGAAUGUGUGAAACGAUAGCCGCGCUACGUUCACCACCAGCCAAGUACCUCACCGAAGAUUUCAUUAUGCACCAUAUAAUGCGACUCAAUCUAACCGUUGAAGAUUUUAAAAUCGAACACGAACGACAAGCCACACUACAUCGUAAAACGAAGAGCAUGUAAAAAAGAAAAUGACCUAUUCUUUUGUACCACAAAAAACACACACACAAUUUAUUUAUUCGAUUUAUAUAUAUAGUAUGUAGAACGACCUAAGUCACUGAAUAAGCUGUUCAGUUGCUAAAUAUCGCGAAUUAUGAUUGAGAUUUGAACAUUGAAAUCCGAAACAGGUUUCGAUAGGAAACUUCAUGUGCAGAAGUUUCAUUUAGAAUUCGGAUUGAAAAAACGAUUUUUUGUUUGUUUCUUAUCUGGCUAUGAUUUAUAAUAUCAGUAUUAAUUUACUAACUCUAUUCAAAUAAGAGAAUAUUUAGCACAAUUGAUUUUUUUCCCAUUUGAUUCAUUCCAAUAAUGAUGUCAAUUUUCAAAUUCCAACACUUUUGUACGACGAUUUAAAUGUUGCACAAAAUCCGUCCCGUUUUAAACCUUUUCUCUAACUUUCCACAGUAAAGUCCAGUAGAUUAAGCUAAAGAAGAAUAAAAUACAAGAAAAAUCAGCAACUGACAUCGAUGGCCUUAAUUCGAACAAUAUAUUUGAUGAAAUAGUUAAAUCGGAGCACAACAUUUUUUUAACCGGCGGAAAUAUGUGCAAUUUGAAUAUUGUAGUCAAUUUUUUAAUCGAAUUAUUUUGUUUUCGAGGAGAUUUUGCGCUUAUCGCUAGAAAACUUGCAGAAAAUGGUUGAAAUUAUUGAAGGAUCAAUUUUGAAAUUGUGGAGUACGAUUCGGAUCGAGAAAUUUAAUGAAAAACAAAUUAAAUAAAUUUAAAAAGGAAAAAAAAUCGGAAAUGAUUUAUGGUUUUUAAUUUCCAAAAUUUCAAUUGGUUCAAUUCGUGUUUUUUGUCUACAUCAAAAUCUGGAAAUAUUGACAAGAUUUUUUUCCAAUUAUGUUACCCGUAUUGUAUUUGAAUAGGCCCGAAUUUGUGCAUUAUUUUCGAAAAUAGUUUCUGAAAUUAAAAAAAAUAAGGUUUCUGAAUAAAUUCAACAUUUUUGAAAUCAAUUUUUUGAGAACAAGCCCGUGAACUCCUGAAAAUCGAAUACAAGCAAAAAUGUAUUAACUGUAAAGCAUAUCAAUCUAACAUAGUCCAAUUUAUAUACAGUUUUGAUACGAAUUCUGUAGAAAGUAAGUGACAUUUGAACGAACAAUAACAGCCAUAGUUUGAUACUGGCAGAAUGGAAUUUACCAUAUGAGUUUUUUGUCGGUCUAACAAAUCGAUGCAAUACAAAAGGCCGGUUAUCAAAUAACUCUAGAAGUAUAAGACAUUUAGCGAAUUUUUUGUUUGUUUUAUUCAUGCUUUCGGGCACUUAUUUAAGCUAAUAAAAAAUUAUGAACAAAAUUCAUUCGGUUUACAUGAAACACUCUAGCGAAUAAGUUAGUCAUACUUGUAAAUGUCUACACAGUUACUCAACACAAUUCAUGGUUUUGUAUCAUUUUUUUGCAAGCUAAUAAAAUAAUCGAAAUUAUACUAA